AUGGCCGCAUUGUACCCGUGGGUGCCAGCAUCCAAUGUCGCGUAUACGCUGUGCCGAUAUUUCUUGAAUCGGUUUGCCCCUCACGCGCGCAACAUAUGUCCGCUGCCGUUCCUGGACGGCCCGUUACCGGAUGAGGUGCCCGAGUCAUUUCUGCUGUGGGGGGAGCGCACACAGAGUGACCCGUUCAAGUACAUGGAGGAUCUCUUUGAUCGGCGAACGCAGAGCUACGUGAGAAGUGAGCAGCACCACUACGCUUUCAUUGACUCUAAGUUUGACUUCAAACACACCAAGGCUCGGUUGUGGGCGGAGCUUGAUUCCAAAGUAGUUGUCACAAGCCGAGAGGGUGGCUUUGAUAAAGGUGAGGAACGCAUUGGUGAAUUUGUGUACUUCACACGCGUGGUGCCAGGGGGCGAUUCCAACGCCAUUGGAUUUUAUCGGAAACGGUAUGGUCAAGUGGAUUUACUUGCGGAGGAGCUCAUCAAUCCAACGUCGCUACAGCAACAUUUUGGCUACGAGAAAUGCCAUGUUGGCAUCUGCCGCGUUUCAGAGGACGGAAGGUACGUGGCGUAUACACUUUCCGUGGAGGGUGGUGAUCGAUACAUUUGUCACGUGCGCAGCAUCGAUAACGCCAGUCUAUUUCAUGUGAUUCGUGGCCGAAACAUUGUGAGUAUUGAGUUUGGCUCGGGAGAUUAUUUUUACUUUACGGAGUCUAACGACCUCAACCGCCCAUACACAGUGAUUAUGCAGCAAAUUCGUCCAGGCAUUCUUCCUCCGCCCGUGGAAUUGUACCGUGAGGAUGAUGAGCAGUUCUUCGUUGAUGUUCACAAGACGAAGGAUAAUGCGUACAUCAUCAUUACAUCUGAUUCCAAACUCAAGAGCAGUGCCCUUGUUCUUCCAGCCUCGUUUCCGAAGGUUUCACGUGAGCUGCAGGCAUUCUUCCGCGAUGGUCGACCGGUGGAGAUUGCCGGAAAGGAAAAUUGGAAUUGGCUGGAGCACUACGAUGGCCACUUUAUUAUGGUGGUGGCCGACCAGGGGCCGAAUCACCGCGUCGUUUAUGCGCGUGAGGAGGUUGUUCUAAAACAUGGCAUGCGCGCCGAGUGGAAGGAACUUGUUCCUUACCGAGACGAUGUGCAGAUUGUAGACAUGGAUCUGUUUCAGGGUCGAAUUGUUCUCUACGAAGUUCACUUUGCGUUUGAACGCAUCAACCACAUCCACAUCAUUAAGUGCGACAAGGGGCUCGAUGACGCCGCACGACAGGCGCGCAAGGAUGACCUGGUGCUGCAUUUUCCGCCCCUAACCUCAGUGACGCCGGGGCUGAACAAAAAUUUUAAUCAGGAUUCCAUGAGUUUUGUCUACAGCAGUAUAUGCCAGCCGAGCAGGGAUUGUGUAUUUAGUUUUGAUAGCAAGAUGACAGCAGAGAAGAGUCGGGUGUGCAAUUCUGAGUCUCUCUUUACGCAACGUCAGUCGGAGCAGUUGACACCCUGGGACUACAUGUGGCCGUACAGCAUCUAUCGUGAUCUGUGUCUUUCUCCGGAUGGCACACAGAUCCCUAUAACGAUUUGUCAUCGGCGCGAUGCUUUUGUGCAGGAGGCGACCGACUUUGAGGCCCAGCCCAACACGCCCAAGCAUUGUCUUAUCUAUGUGUAUGGUUCAUAUGGUGAGGUGCCAUCGAUGCACUUCCAGCUCGCACCGUACAUGUGGAUGCUGCGACGGCGUUGGACUGUUGCCUUUGCCCACGUGCGGGGUGGGGGUGAGUUGCCCAACUGGGGGGAACAGGGGAAGGGCAAGAACAAGAUCAACGCCGUUCAUGACUUUAUUGCAUGUUGUGAGCAUAUGAUUAAAAUGGGUUACACCAAGCCAGAGCUUAUGGUGGCAGCAGGGAAUAGCGCGGGCUGCGUCCCCAUUGCAGCUGCUAUGAAUAUGCGUGGCUGUGGGCUUUUUGGCAACGCCCUUCUUCGUUCGCCAUUUUUGGACAUCAUCAACACAAUGAUUGACCCUGAUCUCCCACUCUCACUGGCGGAGCGCGAUGACUGGGGGGACCCGCUGCACAGCGCAGAGGAUUACGCUCGAUUGACGCAGUAUGAUCCCUAUCUCAACAUCAAUGAUCGCGUCACAUACCCGGGCAUGAUGAUCUCCACUUGCCUUGACGACGACCGUGUGCCGCCGUGGAACACACUGAAGUACGUCGCCAAGUUGCGUCAGCAGCGACGGCGUAAAGGAACAGACCCUGUUGCCCGACCCCUUGUUCUGCGCUUGCGGAGUAGUGGUGGUCACUACUGUUGGGGCGAUACGGAGAACAUAUGCGAGGAGCUGUCCUUUCUCUGCUCCCAGUUGGAUCUGGAGGGACCUGGAAAGGUGCUUAACGACAUGGAUAUCAUGACGCAUAUGCAUAACCUCACCGCCACAGGAGCGAUGGACCACGACGACCAGGAGAAGGUGUUUCUCAAGUGGGAUAAUUGGGAGCGGGAACGCAUUGACUACCAUGUGAAACUUCACAAUUUUGACUGGGAACCCAAUUUUCGCAAGUUGAAGGCGGAAAAGGAGCCGUUCUUUUGGGUACCGAACGAACAGGAGAUGCAGCAACGUAAGGUGGACGAGAUGUUCCACGCGAGGGAACGAGAUAAACGUGAAGAGGCGAAGAGCGAAGCUAAAGUGGGUAGCACAGGGCGUGCCGCAGGUGGGAAUAAAUGGAAAGAAAAAGUCAAGAAAUAG